AUGGCAACAUCGACGGCAACUGCAACAUCACCGGACGUGGUCGUCUUCAGCCGCCCGGGGUGCAGCUUUUGCGCCAAGGCGAAGGCCUUGCUGUCGCGACGGCAGGUACGUUUCGGCGUGGUGGAUGUAGGUGCGGAGCCGGAGCGCUUCGCGGAGGCCACCGAACGUGGCGCGAUGUCGACCUUUCCGCAGAUUCUGGUGGGCUCAAAAUGUCUUGGAGGCUUUGAUGCUCUCAAGCUUCUGGAUGAGCAAGGCCGGCUCAUAGAGGCCACCCAGCGUGAACCCCAGGACGAAGUUUACAUCGCUCCAACGCCUCCAGAGAAGAUAGAGAUGGCCAACUUGCAGUACCAGGCCAUUUCGCCAAUUGAAACAUCAGCCAUGAAGUGUUGCAGCAAGCCAACCAUGUCAGGCUUCCUGCGAUAUGCCAUUACCCGCAGCCCGCGCCAGGACCAAUCGCAGAACGUUCCGUUGAACUUAGCAGCGGUACCUGGACUUCGCAGAAGUUCAAGUGAAUCACAUUUUAUUUUCUUAACGGAAUUUGCUGAGGCCUUGCUGCGACAGUCGAUGCUGCAACUCUUGGAUAAUUUCUCUGACCCCGAGAGUGGGGAUGUGAACUACGUCGCCAUGCGUCAAUCCGCAGAGUGGAACCUUUUCCGUGCCCUGGCCUCGGAGCUGGGUCAGUGCGGACUCCAAGUGCAAACGUGGCUGAGUUGA